UAGAAGCAUACACAUGCGCUUUAAAGAAGAUAUAGUUAAUUAUUUUAUUCUGUAUGUGUGUAUAAUAUAGCUCUUCUAUAUUAAAUAAGUAUGUUUACUGUCUGAGAACACGGACGCAGAUGUCUUCUUUACCUAUAAUGGAAAGCGAUUUGUUUAAAGUCGCACUGUAAUGUGCGAAAAGGACAAGUGUUUUUAAUACGUACAGUACAAGGUGUCCCAUCCCUACAAAAGCAUUUAUUUAUUCGUACGACUGCAGUCCACAUGAACAACUUGAAUAACCCUGACGACUGGAAUAUAAGACCAGAGCAACAGGGUGAUGGCGGUAGCAGCAAGUGGAAUUAUGCCCUUCUGGUGCCCAUGCUGGGACUCGCUGCCUUUACACUGCGUUCCAAAUUAUUAUGCAAAUUGGAUUUAAGUGUCGUAAACAUUUAAUUUUAUAUUGUUCAAUUAAACUUAUGGAUGGUAUUGUGUCUCAGUGCUCUUUGGAUCACUGAAAUCAAUCUCAGACACCUGUGAUAAGUAGUUUGCCAGGUGAGCCCAAUUAAAGGAAAACUACUUAAGAAGGACGUUCCACAUUAUUAAGCAGGCCACAGGUUUCAAGCAAUAUGGGAAAGAAAAAGGAUCUGUCUGCUGCCGAAAAGCGUCAAAUAGUGCAAUGUCUUGGACAAGGUAUGAAAACAUUAGAUAUUUCACGAAAACUUAAGCGAGAUCAUCGUACUGUGAAGAGAUUUGUGGCUGAUUCAGAGCACAGAAGGGUUCGUGCAGAUAAAGGCAGAAUGAGGAAGGUUUCUUCCAGACAAAUUCAUCGGAUUAAGAGAGCAGCUGCAAAAAUGCCAUUGCAAAGCAGCAAACAGGUAUUUGAAGCUGCUGGUGCCUCGGGAGUCCCGAAAACCUCAAGGUGUAGGAUCCUCCAGAUGCUUGCAGUUGUGCAUAAACCUACUAUUCGGCCACCCCUAACCAAUGCUCACAAGCAGAAACGGUUGCAGUGGGCCCACACAUACAUGAAGACUAAUUUUCAAACAGUCUUGUUUACUGAUGAGUGCCGUGCAACCCUGGAUGGUCCAGAUGGAUGGAGUAGUGGAUGGUUGGUGGAUGGCCACCAUGUCCCAACAAGGCUGCGACGUCAGCAAGGAGGUGGCGGAGUCAUGUUUUGGGCUGGAAUCAUGGGGAGACAGCUGGUGGGCCCCUUUAGGGUCCCUGAAGGUGUGAAAAUGAACUCUGCAAGGUAUGUAGAGUUUCUGACUGAGCACUUUCUUCCAUGGUACAAAAAGAAGAACCAUGCCUUCCGUAGCAAAAUCAUCUUCAUGCAUGACAAUGCACCAUCUCAUGCUGCAAAGAAUACCUCUGUGUCAUUGGCUGCUAUGGGCAUAAAAGGAGAGAAACUCAUGGUGUGGCCACCAUCCUCCCCUGACCUCAACCCUAUUGAGAACCUUUGGAGCAUCCUCAAGCGAAAGAUCUAUGAUGGUGGGAGGCAGUUAGCAUCAAAACAGCAGCUCUGGGAGGCUAUUCUGACAUCCUGCAAAGAAAUUCAAUCAGAAACUAUCCAAAAACUCACAAGUUCAAUGGAUGCAAGAAUUGUGAAGGUGAUAUCAAAGAAGGGGUCCUAUGUUAACAUGUAACUUGCCCUGUUAGGAUGUUUUUGAUUGAAAUAGCUUUUGAUUUCAGUAAAUAUGACCUCCUAAUGCUGCAAAUUCAACAAAUGACCAUUUUCAGUUUUUUACAACCUAUGAAAUGUUUUCAAACUCUGUUGUGCAUAAUAAUUUGGAACAGUGCAUUUUGAGUUUUUCAUUUUUUAAAUAAAUACUGUUGUCAGUGGGAGGUUUGUUCAAUAAAAUUCCAAAUGUACCCUAACUGUUGAUUACUUGAAAAUUAUACUGACUGUCAUUUGCAUCGACAAAUUAGGAAAACCAGAGAAAGAUAUCAUUUGCAUAAUAAUUUGGAACGCAG